AUGAUCUUACGCAAUGAAGUCAGACUUCAAAACGAACCCACAAGAAUUAUUUCAAAUGUAUCGUUUGAAGUCACAGUGCAGAAUCCUAAAUCUAUGAAAAACUUCACUGGACUUACCCCGGAACAGUUUGAAUUACUCUUUGAGUUCUUGAACAAUGUUUACCCAUUCAACGAAAUCGUGUAUUGGGAUGCAAAGGAAUCUAGCAGACCAAAGGGUACUUGCGGCCCAGAAUCAAUCUUAACAGACCGAGAAAAACUGUAUAUUACUCUGCUACGCCUAAAGAGAGGCUAUACCAUUGAAUCAUUGGCUGUUUUGCUGAGUACUCCACAACGAACAAUCGAGGCCACAUUGAUUCGCAAGAUUUUUACAACCUUUAUCCAGUUUAUUUACAAAGUUGUUAGAGACAUGAAAUAUGUUAUGUUCCCUACACGAGAUAUUACUAGAAGAAGAUUACCCAAAGUUUUUAAAACUAUGAAAAACAUUCGCUGCAUGAUUGAUUGCACUGAGUUUGCUGUGGAAAUGUCCAGGAAUUUUGCCAGACAGGGGAAUACAUAUUCUUCAUAUAAGCACACUAACACAUUUAAAUCACUAAUAGCUGUAACACCAAAUGGAAGUGCUUGUUUUGUGUCAGAACUAUAUGAAGGAGAUGUUAAUGAUGUAGAUCUGGAAUGGUAA